GUGAUUUUCAAUUUCCCAGGUAUGUGGUCGGUGAAGAGAUAAGAAGAUUCUGAAAUUGAUUCUGAAUUGCGUAUCAUGGACUGGCAAAAUGCUCGGAAUUCGUUACGAAAGUGGCGCGAAGAAAACGUUCGGUGUUCGGAUGAAGUCGUUCGAUUAUGGGAAGAAGUUUUAAUGAAACAUUCUUCGAAACUAAGUUCAGAGAAAUGGUUGGUUCUCGAGCAAGUGUUCAUUGCUGCGCUGGACUGCGGACGAUACAGUCUGGCUGAGGACUGUUUGAAUGAGCUUCGAGAUCAGUUUCCUUCAAGCUUGCGAAUAAAAAAGCUGAACGGCAUGCGAUUAGAAGCCUUGGAUAAAACUGAGCAGGCCAUUGAAGUUUAUCAGUCAAUAAUACGUGCUGAUGACACGAACAGUUCGGUCAGAAAACGGAUGAUCGUUGUAUCGGACAGUCCAUUCUCAGCGAUUCCGGCGCUGACAGAUUAUCUUCAAUUCGCCAUGGGAGAUCAAGAAGCGUGGUUGGAAUUGUGUGAUCGAUAUAUACAGAUCCAUGAGUACGGACAAGCAGCGUUCUGUUUAGAAGAAAUUAUUCUGCUUAAUCCACACACACACUUCUAUCAUCAAAAAUACGCUGAAAUUCGAUACACAAUGGGUGGUAUCGAAAAUUUGGAGUUGGCUCGUGCAUAUUUCUGCCAGGCGGUUAAAUUAAAAGAAGAUAACGUCCGGGGUUUAUAUGGAAUUCUGCUAACGUGUGGUCACCUUGCCGGCGCACCGAAGACAACUCCGGCGAAAAAGAAGGAAUGCUCUCGCCUCGCUCGGUGGGCGGGUGAUCGAAUCAAAGAGCUGUAUAGUGGCGACACCUCGUCCGACUGUCCUCCGCCAGAAAUGCCGACUGCCAGCAAUCAGUUGACAUUCCCUGACUCUGGAUCUGCGAAGUCUAAGAAGAAACCCAAUAGCCCGAAUGCCGCCGCAGUUUUGCCUGGAGGGACGAAAACCGGCGGCUCUGACGCGGAAAGGCGAGACUUGGGAGACAUGGAAGCUGUUGAAGCGCUCAUAAGUGCCUUGACCCUUGUUCCUGCUUCUGGGGUUUAACAGCGCGAAUUCGUAUCGCAAGUUUUGUUUUCUCGGUCUUGCCAUUGUCUCCUUUUCCCGUUCAGAUCUUUGAGAAUGGGUUAUUUUCGCGAUUCACCAAUGACGUGUCGUGAUCUUUUCAUGGAGCCGUAUUCCCCAUAUAUUUAGGCGUUGGGUUCCAUCCGUCGUGUUUUAUGUGAACGGUUAGUCAUUUUCGGCAUGUACAUGGAAAUUUCUUCACGUGUACGAGGGAUGGUGGAUACAUUUUCAAAGUCAAGUCCAUGACUUCACCCCAAGUGGUUGCAACGUUUUUAUUCAUUCAUCCAUCUUUGAAUUGAAAAAAAUACCCCAAAAGCUCAGAAAAUAAAUACUUAAGUUCGAAAUGUUUCCGCGUGUCAAUUAAUGAUCUAAAGUAAUUGUUUAAAUACUUAACGGAGUAAAAGUUCAAAUACUUCAGAUUGGAUUCAUGGAAAGAAAAUAAUAACCGAAAUGGGCAGAAAGUUUAUUUCACUACAUUUCCAGAAUUUAGAAAUUCCUGGUUAUGCACUCUAAUUUUUCACAAAAUUCAGGACCAUCCCUUGUAUCGCCUGGAAAUUGCGUUCAGACUUCUGGUUUCAGACGGCGCAAUAUAUUUGCCGCAGGGAAGAUGCAUUGGUUUGUUUGUAAAAUCAGUGUCAUCACCAUGUCUUGAAAUUCUGAGCUGGAAUCUAGUAACGUUGGUGAUGUUAUAAUUACGGUAGCUCUUAUGAACUUCUAUCACUUGGUUUGAAAUAUGUCGAAGGUUCGGUUGAACGUACUGUACUUCGGAUGCAGAUGUGUUCAGAUCAUUUGUUUUUUGGUGCUUCGGCUUCAGCUUCUGCAGACCUCGUAUUUCGUUCUUUAAAGAAAAAAAGUUAUCCCGGCUCAUCAACCUUGAUCUCCCGUGUGAGAAAACCGCGGCGUGACUGCAUGAGGUGAAGAUCGAAACAAUAACUGCUUGACUGGUUGAUAAGUGUACUUACAGCGGAAAUUCUGGGUGGAACUUGUGUUGCUGUUCUUGAAAUGUCCUCACCUUAGUUUCUCCGCUUUAUCCGUUUUAUUCUGUGAAGAAAUUGUAAUCCUUUUAACGUUCAGUUACAUUUUGUGGUAAAGACAUUCCAAGAAUUUGUUUUUGCCGUGCAACCAAAAUUCGUCGCCAGUACCCCCGGGAAUGUAGUACCCCGUGGACCGAUGGAAGAUAGGAUAAUAAAUCGUGUUUUAUUGUCCAGAAAA